UUAACCGCCCAGACAACUCUUUUCAAGGAUUUGCCAUCUAGAGGAAUAGCUUAAUGUUAAUCAACAACCGCAGUAUUGAGUUGAUUGGAGUGAGAGCUAAUAGAGCCAUAGCUAAUACUUACCGAGUGUUCUGUGCCAGGCAUUGCACCAAGGCUUCACAAACACACCUGGGUUUUCAAACACACACACAGCCUUCCUGCGAAGCCAUCACUACAGUUCAACGUGUUUUGUAGCGGAAGCUUGGAGAAGUUAAUAACACACCCAGGGUCACACAGCCAGCAAAACAAGUGGAUUCAAACAUGAAUCCAGAUGGCAUAACCCCAGAAAUACUUGCCCUUUUAGCCAAAAUGCUGUGCCUCUAGGUCAAGAACACAUUUACCACCCACAUCUGGGUAUCAUCUGGGUUUGUGGGCCUUAAAAAGCUGCCUCAGCCAGAGAGAGGCUCAGAUUUGGAAGGGACUUUUGCAGAGCAUUUAUCCCACUGAAAGUUACUGAGGGUAUUAAUACUUGGUGAAUCAUUUGAUCUGUGUCUUUCCCAGGUUCUAACUGCUCUGGCGCAUCAUUUUUGUAGUUUUAUCCACUUUGCCUGCUAUCCGUGAAAGUUGUCUCCUGAUAAUAAUAAAAUCGCACGUUUUCUGACUCCACCCCUACCUGAACUUUCUUCCUAGCACUAGCUCCUGCCCCUGUUGUCCUCUCACCAUCUUGCAAAUCCCUAUAGGACUAAAGAAGUGAAAAAUGUGUAUCAGAUACAUCCUGCAUUGAGCUUUCUUUUUGUUUCUGUUUUAAUAUACAAUUAUUUGCGUCCAGCUUGUUCUUCAUUCCUAGGUGCCCCAGCCAUGUCACUGCCCUCUCUCUAGUGACCCAUGAAAUAUGGCCAACAAGCCGGCUGAGCUCAAAGGCCUCAUGGCAGGUGAUAUGCAUUCCCAGUAGGUAGUGCUGUGGCAAAACUGACCAACUCAGGUGUGUGCAGGCUGAUCUCUAGACUUUGCUUCUCUCCCUGAAAACAUCAAUAUCUUACAUCAUAAAUGUAGAGGAAAGGGGUUCACAGUCCAGAGUUCAUCCCCAUCAUAGACAGUGUCACCAUCGGGGCAGGGGCACCGUGACCAGACACGUCUACCUGGAGUUCUCAGGGUGCCCUGCAAAGGGCAGAUCCAGCCCGUGAGUACUCCCCAGCCUCUGCCUGUGCUCCCGCCUGAGAGACCAGGCAGCGGACAAUCCUAACUGGAGCCCAGGUCCAGCCUAGUGUCUGAAUCGCAAAGUAGUUCAAAGACUGAGUCACCCCGAGGAGCAGAGAAAUCCGAGGUAUGAAGAUCAGUGAACUUCCUGGUUCCCUUUCCCCGCGAGUGAGACAGGAGCCCAUGGACAUCCAGCAGCAGCAGGAGCAGUCCUCUCGGGUCAUGAGCUCGGACAAGGAUGGGACCCAUCUGCACCAUGGAGGGCAGGCCUGUAGCUCUCCCCCUGGGAGAUGCCAAGUCAGAGUCCCUGAGUACUCACCGUUUGCCCAGGGAUGGGACUUCUGUGAGGCCACAGCUGCUGGGCGGAGGGAUGCAGGAAUGAUGUCCAGCACUGCCGGCUCCGGCGCUGUCUUCCUGAAGGAUUUUCCUUGGGCGACAGCUCAGACCUCACUCCUGCUUCUUCUGGGACUUCUCCUGCUGACUGCUCUUGGUUUCAUCUGGAAACUUCGCCGAGAGAAAGAUCGAGAAUGCUGGACCAAAGAGCAACUCCAAAGAGAGCUCCGCUGGAGAAAAGCCCAGAAAGUGGACGACUGGAAAAAAGCUCGGUCCUAUGCUGUUCAUGUGACUCUGGAUCCAAAUACUGCCUUCUUUGAACUCUUUCUGUCUGAAGAUCACCAAAGUGUGAAGCGGAGAAACUUGUGGCAGAAUCUUCCUGAAAAACCUGAGAGGUUUUCUUUUGACCCUUGUGUGCUGGGCCAUAGGUCCUUCUUUUCGGGGAGACAUUACUGGGAGGUGGAAGUGGGCGACAGGACUUACUGGGAGCUGGGGGUUUGUGAGGAAAACGUGGAUAGGGCUUGGGGGAUCGCAGAAUCACCUCAGAAUGGAUUCUGGGCUGUGGAACUCUAUGCUAAUAAGUACCAGGCCCUCACCUCCCCUCGGACUGCCCUCCCCCUGAGUGAGCCCCCCAGCCGGGUGGGGGUCUUCUUGGACUAUGAAGCUGGGCAUGUCUCCUUCUAUAGUGUGGCUGAUGGGUCCCACAUCUACACUUUCCCCCAGGCCUCCUUCUCUGGUCCUCUUCGGCCUUUCUUCUGCCUCUGGUUCUACCACCCAACCCCUCUGACCAUCUGCCACUGAACCCAUCUGUCCCCAUCCUUUCUGUCAGUUGAACAUACAAGGAUGGACUCAUCAUUGGGACUGAGAAGUCACAUUUCUGGGGACAAUGCCCCCAAGGCUCCAGCUGAGCCCCCCUGACCUUUUCUGCAGAUAAAGACUGGAGACAGUUAAUAAUUCUCCAGAGUUGAGUGGUACAGAGGCCAAAAAGGAUAAUGCAACCCCCUAGAAUGUUAUCAAGAGGGGCUGGUGUUGCCAUCCCAGCUGGAAACUGAAAAAGGGACCCCUAGAGAAACCAGAGACAAGAUACUGAUGGAAAGACUACCUGGGUGGAGUGUGAUCUCUGGUCUUGAGCUCCUUGUCUUUAAUGUCUGCAUCACAGAACAGCUGGAAGCUGAAUCUGGAUGGUGCUUGGCUGUUUUCACCCUCUUUUCAUACAAAGACUUUAUUUCAUUUUGACCCACAUGCAACCUGGGGAGAGACUAAAUAAAGUUCACAGAGAAAAGUCACUUUUCCAGAUCACUCUGUUGGUCUGGGACUUGAUGGCACCUUCAACAUUUUUACAUCUAAUGCCAAUCAUAGAGUGCCUCUAAGAGCUCAAUCAUUCCUUAUAAAAUGAUUGCAAUGACCCUUUCAAUGACGCUUUUUACCCCAGAUCCAAGAUUUACUUUUCUAGUUUGUGAAUUUGUUUACUGCUCCUUUCCCUAAUUAUCUUCCUACCUUUAGACUAUUUUACCUCAUCAACAGUUAAGUGCAUAUUAAUUUUUUCUAUGCUUUAUGCAAAUACACACACAGAGUUUUUCUAAUGAAAAUUGGGCUUUGUUAUAUAAUUGUCCCAUGACAUGCUUCUUUUACUUAAUACCAAGUCUUGGUGGCUCAGGCGGUAAAGCAUCUUCCUGCAAUGCAGGAGACCUGGGUUCAGUUUCUGGGUUGGGAAGAUCCCU